GCGGUGCCCGUGCUCGGCGAUCCUGGGGGGCCCCGGGGCUUUGGGCUCACCCAGCCCGGCUGCGGGCCGGGCCCUGCUGGGAUCCCGUCGGAGGCGCUGGGGGAGGGAGCGAGCCGUGGUGGCUCGGGGCGCUGCGCGGGGUUUGCGCCUAGUGACUUAGGAGCGGCUCGCUGCGGUGUGAGGCUCCUCGGCGCAGGCCUGUCUGCCUCCCCGGGUCUCACCGCGGGCUGGGCCCUGCCAGCAGCAGUUUACGGAGAAGUCUUGGCUCCCCGAAGUGGGAGGUUUUUAUCCAUGCAGAGUGGACGCGUGCGAACAAAGACCGUGAAAAAGGCUGCCCGGGUUAUCAUUGAAAAGUACUACACUCGGCUAGGGAACGACUUCCACACGAACAAACGGGUGUGUGAAGAGAUUGCCAUCAUCCCUAGCAAGAAACUGCGCAACAAGAUAGCUGGGUAUGUCACCCAUCUGAUGAAGCGUAUUCAGAGGGGGCCUGUCAGAGGUAUAUCCAUCAAACUGCAGGAAGAGGAGAGAGAGAGAAGGGAUAACUAUGUCCCUGAGGUCUCUGCCCUUGACCAGGAGAUCAUUGAAGUUGACCCAGAUACUAAGGAAAUGUUGAAGCUGCUGGACUUUGGCAGUCUGUCCAACCUGCAGGUCACGCAGCCCACUGUGGGAAUGAACUUCAAAACCCCAAGAGGAGCUAUCUGAAUCCAUUGCUGCGCUGUCACUUUUCCAAUAAACAUGGGAAACCAAAUCUG